AAAAACCGAUUUCUCUUGUGUCGCUUCUUUCAAAUUUUGAGGCUUUGGUCGUCUCUUACCUUCUCUGGCGAUGGAGGGUUGCCGUUGCUCUCUGCAUUCAUCGGCUUUAACAAUCUUACCUUCCUCGGCUUCCAGAAAUGGAUUUGCAGAGAAAAAGCCGUUUCUACAAGGGCAGGCCCUCAAGUUUCCCAAUUCCAAGAGAACUCCAAAUGCCACAAAGUUCAGGUUUCUCAAUAUCAGAGCUCAAGCUUCAGGUAGUACUUUGUUCAGCUUAGAGACGCUCAAUGCCAUUCCAAAUGAGAACUCAAAAGAUGAGAACCUUGCAUUUGUUGCCGGUGCCACUGGUAGAGUUGGUUCCCGAGCAGUAAGGGAGCUUUUGAAACUUGGGUUCCGAGUUAGAGCUGGUGUGAGGAGUAGUGACAGAGCAAAGGCUCUUGUGGAAAGUGUAAAACAACUGAAGUUAGAUAACGAGAAUGCUGGCGGAGAAACUCAACCUGUAGAGAAGCUUGAAAUCGUGCAAUGUGACUUAGAGAAAAAGGAUCAGAUCGGAUCUGCACUAGGCAAUGCAUCUGUGGUUCUCUGCUGCAUUGGUGCCAGUGAGAAGGAAGCUUUCGAUAUUAGCGGACCAUUUCGUAUUGAUUAUCUGGCUACCAAAAAUCUUAUUGAGGCUGCAACUGUUGCCAAAGUGGACCACUUCAUUUUGCUCACAUCUCUCGGAACUAACAAGGUUGGGUUCCCUGCAGCUAUUCUAAAUUUAUUUUGGGGAGUGCUAAUAUGGAAAAGGAAGGCAGAAGAAGCACUAAUAACCAGUGGACUUCCAUACACGAUUGUGAGACCCGGUGGAAUGGAACGGCCUACUGAUACUUUCAAGGAAACUCAUAACAUUACCCUUUCUCAAGAAGAUACUUUGUUUGGUGGGCUGGUGUCAAAUCUCCAGGUGGCAGAGCUAAUGGCAUGCAUCGCUAAAAACCGGGAUCUGUCAUACUGCAAAGUUGUUGAAGUGAUUGCACAAACAACUGCUCCGUUGACUCCCAUGGAGGAACUUCUCAAAAAGAUACCAUCUCAGCGACCCGUCAUUUUCUCACAAAAGGACUCAAGUGCUGUGAAGACACCUGAUUUAGCACCUCCAAAGUCCGAGGAACCAAAAUCUUCUACUGUGGAGGAAUCUGUUAAAGCAGAGGAAAUUACCCUACGACCGCUUUCUCCUUAUACUGCUUAUGAGGAUUUGAAGCCACCUAGCUCUCCAAGCCCAACACCUAGUGGUUUCAAAAAACCGCCUUCAGAUGUCUCAACAGCAGUAGAGGCCCCACCGCCACCAUCUUCUGGAUCUGGAAAUGAUGCUACAAAUAUUGUCAUAGACGGUCUUUCUGAAAAUGGUCCUCCCCAGAUUUCAACUCAUUAUCAUUCACCAUACCCUGUAUACGAUGACUUCAAGCCACCCACAUCACCAUCUCCAAGUCCUCCAAAUGUAAUGCCUCCCGCACCACCAUUGGCUGUGGACAGUACGUCAUCCACCGGUAGCUCACCAGAACAGGAUCCUACCAAACCAAAGCCAAGAUCGCUCUCACCUUUUACUAUGUAUGAAGACUUGAAGCCUCCAGCAUCACCGUCGCCGCCUGCACCAUCAACGAUUAAAUCAUAGAAGGUUGCAUUUAUUUCAAUAAGAAUCGUUAGGAGUUUGGCUACACGGCAAACUCGUAUCUAUGAAGAGGCAAGCAAUUGAAUUUGCGGGAGUUCUGAGGAUGAUUUAUUGUGUAUUAAUAAUGCCAACAUCUCAUGUUAUGUAGUUAUACUAUACGUAUUUCUUUUCCAAAAUUUGUUUACAGUUUUUGUGUCAUUUUCAUUUAUAUGUAAGUCCUACUUCAUCUAUUGGGAACAAAUGUUAUUAUUAUUAUUUUAUUUAUUAUAA